AUGAUGCAACCUCAUCAUCCACAGACGCCAUCUCGGGACAGAUUUAUCGCCAACCGAUCUGCGAUUGACUUGGACGUCGCCAGGUACGCUUUGGAGGGUAAAUCAUCCACCGAGAAUAGCAACGAUGAUGAUGAUGAGAACGGUGGUCGAAUGGAUGACGAUGGAAAACACCACCACCACCGAUCCGUCGGCAUCGCGAGUCCGAGUAAAGAGGCGUAUAAGAAAUCGUUAGCGUCGAACUACUCGGUACAAAACGGUGGUGAAAAUGGUGAUCACUUGAACUCGAAAAUCUUAGCGUUUAAAUCGAAAGCGCCGGCGCCGCCGAGCGGCAUGGAGAACGCUUCGCGCGAGAUGUACUCCUCGAAUCAUAUCGGAGUUUUAAAGGGUGGAAAAAAACAGUUCCGUCACAUCCCGCAAGCGCCGGAGAGGAUUUUGGACGCGCCAGAGUUGGUGGAUGAUUAUUAUUUGAACUUGAUCGAUUGGUCGUCCCAGAAUUCCAUCGCCGUCGCUUUAGGGUGCACGGUGUAUUUAUGGAACGCCGGGACGGGCGCGAUCGACCAGUUGAUGCAGACGGACGUGGAAAACGACGAAGAGGAUUACGUGACCUCCGUGAACUGGGCUCCGGAUGGAAAGCACAUUGCGGUGGGGACGAACAACGCGGAGGUACAGAUCUGGGACGCAUCGAGAGCGAGGAAAGUGAGAACGUUGAAAGGCCACGAGGCGAGAGUUGGCGCUUUGGCGUGGAACGGGACGCAGUUGGCGACUGGUUCCAGAGAUACGACGGUGAUGACGCACGACGUGAGGAUUCGAGAGCAUUGCACGAACACGUUCACGUGUCACUCACAAGAGGUUUGCGGGUUGAAAUGGUCGCCAAGCGGGACGCAGUUAGCUUCGGGUGGGAACGACAACUCGUUGCAUAUUUAUGACUCGCAGUCGUUGUCGAAUGGUACGUACAGACACAAGUUGGUCGCGCACCAAGCCGCGGUGAAAGCUUUGGCGUGGUGUCCGUGGCAAGCGAAUGUUUUGGCGUCUGGGGGCGGGACCGCGGAUAGAUGCAUAAAGUUUUGGAACGCGAAUACCGGGGCGAUGACGAACUCGGUCGACACGCACUCGCAGGUGUGCGCGUUGCAGUGGAACACGCACGAGAGAGAGUUGUUGUCGAGCCACGGGUAUUCGCAGAAUCAGUUGUGCUUGUGGAAGUACCCGACGAUGACGAAGAUUGCCGAGUUUACUGGCCACACGGCGAGAGUGUUGCACAUGGCGCAGUCGCCGGACGGAACGACGGUGGUUUCCGCGGCUGCGGAUGAGACGUUGAGAUUUUGGAAGUGCUUCGCGGAGAACAGCGCGGAUUCGAAGAGGGUGGCGAAGGACGCGGCGAACGCGGAGAGAUCGGUCUUGAAGAGGUUCAACUUUAGAUAA